AUGGACCCAACCGCCUUGAAAGACUCCAAAACAACGGCAUGCUCCUCGGAAAAGCACCUGUCAGAGACGAAGCACGUGCCAAUCGUCGCGACAACAGAGCAGCCAGAGCAGCAUCCUUCUCUGAACCUUGCUCCCCCUCACCCACAGGCGGAGUCCGUUGGUCCUCGACGCAAUCAUGUAACAUCUCUGUUUACAUGGUGGCAAGAGACUUUAACGCUCCUGGUCGGUGUGAGCGAGCUGAUUGCCAUUGUCGGUAUCCUUGCAAAGUUUAAUCAGAAGGAGCAGCCAACGUGGAAAUACAGCAUCAAUUCGAACACGAUCAUCGCCAUUCUCUCAGUUGUCCUCGGAGUCUGUGUGUUAUACGGUGUCGAAGAAGCUUUGAGCCAGAUAAAAUGGCUCUGGUACCGUCGUUCACGUUUACUUCGACACCUUGAGUAUUUCGAUGCGGCAGAACGAGGUCCUGGCGGCUCCCUCUUUCUCUUAUUCAGACUACGCAGAAUAGAUUCCGUCUUCAUAGGGUGUUUGGUCAUCAUCUUCUCCGUCGCCAUUGGUCCCUUUACCCAGCAGGCUGUCAAGGCCGUCCCUUGCAAUGUUCCAUCUGCAGCCAUAAAGUCAUCCAUCCAGGUCGUCAACACCAACGGUAAUGUCGACUACCCUCGCGUAUCGUCUGUUUCCUUCGACCUUAGUCUGGACUUCAAGGCCGGCUUUGUCAUCGGUGCAGAACCACACACAUGGAGAACAGCGGACUGCAAAGACGCCUGGUGGCUCAGGAGCCUGUACAAUGAUGGCAACGCCACAUUUAACUCAAUUGACGCAAACAUGGAAGCCGUCGCUGUCGCUAUGACGAACGAGCUACGCAGAACUGGCUCAGCAUGGGACCGCAACCCUCUGUACGUGCAAGGCGGUGUCUCACAAGCGACGGUGUGCAUGCGAUUUGAUUGA